AUGAAAAAAUCCGUAGAAAAUCGUAGGAAGAUUCUUUUGACAAAGACUGGCAUUGCAGUCGCUGGAGAACGUCUGAUGGUGUCUCUGAGUAAGCUUUUGGUUGGCAUCGAGCAUCGAACAGUCGAGAAAAUAAAAAUAGAGCGAAUUAAUCGAUGCUUUGCUCGGGGCAACCCCGAAUCGGAAUUCGACCGUGAGGUCGGCGGCUCCCAAACCUUUCGGCACUUGGAAAUUAUCCGAGACGCUCUCAAACACGAUCCCACCCUUCGUUCCUUCGUUGUCGAUAACAAUAUGUUGGCAGCGACGAAUCUUCCGACUAGAACCGAGGAUAGCAUUUGGCUGAAUCUCCCUACUUGGCAAGCUCAACUAGGAAUCCAGGAUAUUCAAUUUUCGUGCUGUACUGUUCAAACAAUCGAACCUACUGUAUUUCUGCAAGGCUUUCCGGAGUGGAGGAUCCAUCACGGAAGCGGUCCUCGCGGAUUCGCGUUGGUGUCCAACAUAACAAAAGGAGUGUCCGCUUUCUUUUCUGAUCAGCCUCGUCACAUUAAUACGGAAGGAUCGAGACAGGGAGAGGCCUGUCCCGAUGCGAUGAUUCUGCGAGUUUUUCGAUGUGCGCCUCGACCUUCGUUACGGGCCCCGAUUGAACAUGUGCUCAAUCAAUCCCGUCCACCUAACGUCUUUGACCUGUGGAUUCGUCACCACGAAACGCCAACCGACCUGCCUGGACUAGGAUGUUUCAAAAUUGACGCAAAUGCAAAAGCAACGCUUUUAGAACUAUUGACGGAUGUCGACUUUGUCGAAGAGACCAAUCGAGCAGAGAUAGAAGUAGAGCCGCAUCAGUGCAUGCCAUCACCCCUGGUUCCAAAUGAUGUUACGCCCGGCUCUCCUUUAAUUCGCACGGCCCCUCCAAAUAAAUUUUCGACAUCACUGGUAUUACAAACUGUUUCCAAUCCUGGAUCUUUGUUAGCGCCUUCCAUGCCCUCGCCAGUAUCUACUCAGCAAGCCAUUGUCAAUUUGUUGUCAAGCAGCGAUAGCACGGAGUCUAACAUUUCUCUUGAGGAUGAUCAUAACGUCGGUCAUCGCUGCAAUGCUUUUGAAGUCAUAAUUUCCCCCGCAGUUAGCUUUGCGGAGAUGGAAGCACUGGUUGCGAAAGAUAGCGAAGAAAAUAGUCAAUUCGGUUCCAUUUUUGUAAAGGGUGAAUCCGAAACACUGGGGACAGCGCCCUGCAAUCUUGCUGAGAAAACAAAUUGCGAUCGACACAAGUGGGCUUUUUGUUUUCCUGAAGAGCUUCAGUUUUCUGACGUACUUAGUCGAGAUUGGCUGCCAAGUGAUUUGUCUAACAAGGAUUCUCCACACGACGAAAACCAACCUGAAGAUUUACUGUUGGACUCUUUUUCAGGUCUCGCAACGUUUAACUCAAUAUUCGGAGACCCAUGUACGGUAGAGGAUGCAGAGGAUCCUUACAGAGAGACCUUGAAGAUUGAUACAGCUCUCGCCACUCCAACAGGGCAGUCUCAAUUUGACGAUUAUUCUCCGCUUCGGUCGUUACUUGCUGCACUUGCUUUUGAGGGCGUCUAUUGCGACGAAUGCAGCUCAGCUAUCACGGAUACACGUCCCAUACAAAUUUAUGAGACUCGGAACCUACCGGGUCCGGCAGAGACGUCUAGGAUGUUGACAAUGCAGCGAGAGAGUUUUAGUAUCAGCAACACAAAGGAACAAAUAGGAGACGUAUCAUACACAGCAGACGGUAGAGAAAACGUAGAGCCCUGCAUUGAGGAAAACAUGCGGUGCCAUUGGUAA